AUGAAUAUGUUUAAUUUAAGUGAAAUACCUCAAGAGUAUUACACAUGUGAAAGUAAUAGGAUUUCACUUUUAAUAAGUCUAGGAGUGGGAAGUCUAUUGGGAGAUGUCUUCUUUCAUUUACUACCCGAAGCUAUUCGGUUGUCAUUAGAUAAAAACGAUUACAAUCCCUAUACCAUUGGUUUAUGGAUUUUGGUGGGAAUCUUCACAUUUGUCAUCAUUGAUGUCCUCAUUAAUCAAAUACACAAUAAUAAUGCGACUGAAAAUAUCAAGAAAAACGAUCAAAAUAACAAAAUCAAACAUAAAACUAAACAAAUUAAUGGAAAAUCGGUUCAAAAUAAUAAUAAUAAUAAUAAGGGCCAACAAAUUGAAGCCAUUGGUUAUUUAAAUUUGAUAGCAAAUGCAAUCGACAAUUUUAGUCAUGGAUUAGCUGUAUUUUCUGGAUUUAUGGUCAGCAUUAAGACUGGAUUCCUAACAACUUUAACAAUAAUAAUCCAUGAAAUACCCCAUGAAUUCGCUGAUUUUGCCAUACUUUUAGAAUCAGGAUUUUCUAAAUGGGAAGCAAUUAGAGGACAACUAAUCACUGCCUGCACUGGUAUUUGUGGAUCAAUGUUUGCUUUCAUACUAAGUUAUAGCACAAGAGUUAAUAUUGAGAUUUGGAUUCUCACCUUCACUUGUGGUGCAUUCCUCAACAUAUCACUCGUUAAUCUUCUACCAAAACUUCUUAAAGAAAAAAAUAUUAAACAAUUAAUUUAUCAAAUUUUGAUAAUUGGAUUCGGAAUCGGACUAAUGGCUAUUAUAAAUAGUUUUGAUUAA